AGCUCCCUGGGAUCUCCUUUUGUUGGUGCCCACGACCAGCUCUGUCUCUCCGGGCUGGGGAGAAGCAUGACUGCAGGCUCCCCCUGAUCCUUCUGCCAGCCAGCCCCACCUCACCCCCCUCACCACUCCCCUACACCUAUCAUGGCUCUGCUCCGUCCCUUCACCAGCCUCCUCCUACUCCUCACGGUGCCCCUUUCCCGGCCUGCAAACCGGUCCCUGCUGCCCCCUGGCUCCCUGCCUGCUGUCCCCUCUCUGCCCCUCCUGCAGGCCCUGCAACUGCGAGCACCGGGCAGCCGGGGCUGGAGAGCGGGGCUAGCAAGCAGGCAGCCCCUGCGCUACAUGCUGAGCCUGUACCGGCGUGCUGCUGACCAUGAAGGCCGGCCGCGCCGUGGCCGCAGCCUGGGUACCAACACCAUCCGCCUGGUCCAGGCCAGUUCCCACGGGGGUCAGCCCUGGGCAGGUCGCUGGUACAUGCAGCCCCUCACCUACUACCUGGAGGGCCAGCCCGAGGCUGAGCACCUCCUCCGAGCCACUGUGGUCUACCUGCCCAGCCUGCCACUGGCUCGCGGCCGCCUCCUGUGCAUACUGGAGCUGGCAUCCACUGGCAAGACACCUGGGACGCUGCUCAACCCUGCCGCCCACCCCCGCUAUGGCUGGGCCGAAGCAGAUGUGACCCCUUACCUGGUGCCAGGGAACAGCAGUGUGGGGAGCCUGGCAUUGCGACACAUCUGUGUGCGUGCCGGCCGGGCAGGGGGCCGCGAUGUUCCAGUGGCUCCCAGCCACCCCUUCCUCCUCCUCUAUCUCAACGACACCCAGGCGGGGCUAGCACCUCUGGCAGCGGAGCCCCACCGGCACCGGCGCGACACGGGGAUGCUGGCCCAUGACCUGCCCGGCUACCUGCGGGAGCAGGGAGGGGAGAAAAGUGACUGCUCCCUGCGUCCCUUCCCUGUCAGCUUUGCCCAGCUGGGCUGGGACCACUGGAUUAUUGCUCCCCACCGCUACAACCCACGCUACUGCAAGGGCACCUGUCCCCACCUGCUCCGCUAUGACUACCACGCACCCAACCACGCUGUGGUGCAGAGCUUCGUUCAUCAGCUGGUGGAUGCCAAUGUGCCCCGGCCCUCCUGCGUCCCCUACCGCUACAGCCCCAUCAGCGUCCUCAUGAUCGAGCGUGAUGGCAGCAUCCUCUACAAAGAGUAUGAGAACAUGAUUGCAGAGUCCUGCACCUGCCGGUAACGCCGAUGCGCCGGCACGACACCUCGGGCUCUGCCUGUCCCUGCUGGAUCCGGACUUUAGGGUUUGUCUUGCUCUGCCUGGGGUGGGUUUGUCCCCCCUCCCCGUGUGGCACUGCUCUGCGGGAAGGUUUUACAAUGGCAGUUUUAUGUAAAUUGUAGGUUUUU